AUGCUGCAUGGGACUUCUCAGCUACCUGCCAUAGCCAGCAUGUUUUGGGUCCUGCUUUCUGUACUCUGGCUCAUUGUCCAAACUCAAGCCAUAAAGGAAACACCUGAAUUAAAGCUCCAUGAAGUAGUUUGUCCUAAAAAGCUACACAUUUUACACAAAAGAGAGAUCGAGAACAACCAGACAGAGAAAUAUGGCAAAGAGGAAAAAUAUGAAUCUGAAGUUCAGUAUCAGAUUACAUUAAAUGGAGAAGAAGUCAUUCUUCAUCUACAAAAAACCAAGCAUCUCCUGGGUCCAGACUACAGUGAAACCUAUUACUUACCUGGAGGAGAGGAAAUUACCAGAAACCUUCAGAACAUGGAACACUGUUACUAUGAAGGACACAUCCUAAAUGAAAAGAAUUCUGUUGCCACCAUUAGUACCUGUGAUGGACUGAGAGGAUACUUCACACAUCAUGAUCAAAGAUACCUGAUAAAGCCUCUGAAAAAUACAGACCAGAAAGACCAUGCUGUCCUUAUAUAUAACCAGCAGGAACUAGGCCCAACAAAUCACACGUGUGGUGUGAGAAAUGUUGGCAGGAAACAAGGCCUUAUUCGAACCUCUAGGUCACUCCAAAGCCCGGAGGAAGACUUUCUCCAGGCACAGAAAUACAUUGACCUCUUUUUGGUUCUGGAUAAUGCUUUUUACAAGAUGUAUAAGGAGAAUCAAACUCUGAUAAGAAGCUUUGUGUUUGAUGUGAUAAACCUACUCAAUGUGAUCUAUAAAACCAUAGAUAUUCGAGUGGCCUUGGUAGGUAUGGAAAUCUGGUCUGAUGGUGAUAAGAUAAAGGUAGAACCCAACACAGGUACCACCUUUAACAACUUCCUGAGCUGGCACCGUUCUAACCUGUGGAAAAAGAAGGUGCAUGACCAUGCCCAGCUCCUCAGUGGAAUUGGCUUCAGCAAUGGAAAUGCAGGCCUGGCAGCACUGAAUUCCUUGUGCACCCCAUCUUCGGUUGCUGUUAUUGAGGCUAAGAAAAAGAAUAAUGUGGCUCUUGUAGGAGUGAUGUCACAUGAGUUGGGCCAUGCCCUUGGUAUGGCUGAUGUUCCAUAUGACACCAAGUGUCCUUCUGGCAGUUGUGUGAUGAAUCAAUAUCUGAGUUCAAGAUUCCCAAAGGAUUUCAGCACAUCCUGUCGUUCACGCUUUCAAAGAUACCUUUCAUCUUACAAACCAAAGUGCCUGCUGCGAGCACCUACUCCUGAAAAUAUAAUAACAAAACCGGUGUGUGGGAACCAACUUCGGGAAGUGGGAGAAGACUGUGACUGUGGUUCUCCUAAGGAAUGCACCAAUCUUUGCUGUGAGGCCAUGACCUGUAAACUGAAACCUGGACCUGACUGCAAAGAAAACGCUUUGAACCAAAUCAUGUAA